AUGGGAUAUAUUGUUUUCAAAUCAUGUUUUGUGUUUGAAGGUCUUCGCGAGUCGAAGCUGAAGGAAGUUCCAACUUAUCAUGGGGAGGUCCUGCUCAACCCAUUCAACGCUGCUGUUGCUGGAAGAGAUGGCGAAAACUCGAGUAAUGAAGACAACCACAACCGCAACUACCAUUCUCGUCUUCAAUCUUCAGUUGAUCGGGGCCAUAUGAAUGAAAGAACACCACCUGGGUUCCUGGCUGGUGGUGUCUUUGGAGAGUCAGCAAGGGCAUCUCCCAACCAGUUUGAACCGGAGAACAAAAGGCCAUCCAUGACUGCCACGCAUCACCCACCAUGCCCUCGAGUCCGAACUGGUUCGGCUGGAGUGGCUGGCACGGCGGGUGACACGGCCGUUCCUGUCCGUGAAGGUGAUCUCGAGCAAUCUCCCAAGAGCACUCGACUCUCAAACCCUCGGAUCGGGAAGUCAGUUGACAAGCUUUCGUCGACGCCGAAUACGGAACUGGUACUUCAGAUUCAGCAUCUCAGCACACUUGGAGGAGCCGGUGCCCACAAGCUUCUUCGGAGUACAUACGCGGAGUACAUACGAAAUGGACAGAGUUCCAAGCGUAGCAGAAGCAGUCGGCUCUCUCUGACAGCUGCAUAUGUGGAGGGAAGUCGACGUAGAAGCCUCAUGUAG